CUGAGAUUAAUUAUAUCCCUCUUUUGGUUUCAUGAAGCACAUAUAUAUUGGACCCAUUGCAAAUAAUAAAUUAAAGUGUUCCGGAAAAAUUGUUGUCAUGUGACAAGAGCGUUUUGGAAAUGAAGUAUACUCUUUUCAAGAUUUCCCUUAGCACAAUUAUUUCAUAAAUACAAAUAUUUACGAAUCUGCAAUGAUAUCAUGCAAUAUCCACAAGAAUAGGAUACCUUAAAUCAUACGAUAGGGAAAUAUGAGAUAUGAUGGCAUAUAAAUCAGGAAAUAUGAGAUACGAUGGCAUAAAUCAGGAAUCAAAUGAACAAAUCAAAUCAAACCUUGCAUGCGUUCACCCUUGAUAGGGAAAUACGAGAUACGAUGGCCUAAUGCAUGUAUCUGCAAUGAUAUCAUGCCAAAUCCACACGAAUUAAUUUUUGAUGGCUGGACAUGCUGGCACGUAGUCUAUAAGUACCGUACCUAGCCAAGAUGAUAAACUACGAAAAUUAGAAAAGUUCUGCAGAGCACUAGAGCAGACACGGCAGCAGACAAAUGGAGGACAAACUGAUGUCGAUCUUCCUAUUCCUGGUACUUUUCUGCCUUUGCAACCAAGGAAAUGCAGAACGAUGCAGCCUGUCGGACCUAGCUGUCACCCAGACCGCUGUGCCGUCGUCAAGGGCCGAAGGCUACACGAAGUACACGGUGACGGUGGAGAACCGGUGCAUCUGCACGCAGGGGAACAUCAAGCUAUCCUGCAGCGGAUUUACAUCCUCCCUGGGAGUCAACCCGGACGUGCUCAGCGUGGACGGCGACGGCAAGUUCUGCACCCUCAACGGCGGCCGCCCGAUCGGCAUGGGCCCUGACUACGCCGUCAAGUUCUCGUACGUGUGGAGUUCCGAGUUCAGCUUCAAGCCCGUGUCAUCAACCAUCGCCUGCUCCUGAGCUCAUUCCCAUUAAUUCACGGCAAUUUGUACCGUUUGUUUUUUGUUGGAUCAGGUCUGCCUUUGGUUAAUAAAUUUUUAGACAAUGAAUCGAGGAUUGUGUUUCUUUAACAAGGUAUACCAUCAUCCAAAAGUACUGAUGGAUAUUUAAA